CAAUAAAUAAUGGUUUUUGCCUCCAUAUUCAAACCCCUCGCCCCUCAUAUACCCCAAAGUAUCCAUCAAUCUCAACAAGAAUGAAAAACAUAUCUUCCCAACGCCCAAAUUCUUCUACCUGGUUUUGUCAAAUGGCACAGAUCCUGUAGAUUUACUUUUCCUAUUCCUUCUUCAUAUCUUGUAAAAGAAUUCUGCCAUCACUUCCAUCAUUUCAUCAAAAUUCCAUCUUUCCAUCUUUUUUGAACUCCAGAGGACCGAAUCCCUGCCGGGCCUUGCUCGCUUUCUUUUCGUGGUCUCGCUUCUCGAUGAGAUUGGAGGACGAGUUUCUUCGCAAAAGCUCCGGCGCACAAUUGGUUGCGAAGAAGAACAAUCUGCCAUCGAAGAAAGGUAAGCGGAGGAAGAGGAGGCCCGAUUGUAUGCCGUCUGUGGUGCAGCGGCUCUUUGAUACGUGUAAAGCUGUGUUCGCCGAGGGAACAGCUGGGUUUGUUCCGCCCCCAGAAGAUGUUGCCCGUAUUCGAUCCAUUCUCGAUAGUAUGAAACCAGCAGAUGUUGGUCUAUCCCCAAAGCUUCCAUAUUUUAAAAGCAUCGAAAAUGGCGGACCUCCGCCCAUAACAUACCUCCAUGUUUACGAGUGUCCUGAAUUCUCGAUUGGUAUUUUCUGUUUGCCCCCUUCUGCCGUUCUUCCUUUACAUAAUCACCCAGGAAUGACAGUCUUCAGUAAACUAUUGCUUGGCUCCAUGCACAUCAAAUCCUAUGACUGGGUUGUGGUUUCCCAAGAUUCCCAUGAACCUUCUCAUGUGGAUUUGCCAUCAGGCGAGCGGCUGGCGAAAGUGAAGACUGAUGAUGUGUUUACUGCUCCAUGUGAGACUUCCAUACUUUACCCAUCUUCUGGAGGCAACAUGCAUUGCUUUACUGCUAAGACCGCGUGUGUAGUGCUUGAUGUGCUCGGUCCUCCAUACUCUGAUCCUGAACGGAACUGCACAUAUUAUUAUGCUCAUGCUUAUGCGAAAUAUGCAGGUGAGUCAGGGCUAGAUCUUGGUGAAGGUGAGGGGUACAGUUGGCUCCAAGAGAGAGCCGGGCAGCCGGAGGAAUUGCUCGUCGUUGGAGCAAAAUACAGAGGACCCAAUAUAGUGGAGGAUUGAUGACAAAAAAUGCUGCAUUCAUUCUGAAAAUAAAGAAUUUCUCUUCUUUACUCCAAAUAUUUGGAGGAAAAAAAUCUGAAUCGCUCUUAUUGCUGUAAAUACAUAGAAAAAAAAAAUGUUUAAGAGUUGAUAAAUUAAGGGUUGGAUCCUCAGUAUGUACACUGAUUUGAUUUGAACAGAUUCUGUAUUGUUUCUGAAAGCAAUCUGCCAUUGCUGAAUUUGCUUCAUGGUCAUUUUAUUUAAUAUAUGUUUCGG